AUGCUCCCUGUCCAUCUGCUCCUUUUGGUUCUGGCUCCGUUCGGCUCCGCCUCGUUUUUUAGCCCGGAUACGAAUGUGUCACGAGUGGAUGUAUCCCACUGUAAGUAUUGAUCGUACUUAUCACCAACCACUAAAAUACGUAGCAAACAAUCAAAAUUUCGGAGCGCGAGCGCCAGCAUUAUGACGGUUGCCGUCGCAUUUAGAGACAGACAAAACGGCAGCAGGCGGGGAAAGAUUACUGUAGGUUUAGGGUGCACUUCUAGGACAACAACUGCCGUUUUAAUUACGAAAAAACACUGUGAGGGAACUGGUUUCUUUCGAAGGAAGUGUGUCAUUCCUCACUCUGUGAUCUGAUAAGACUGGAGGAGUGUAAAGUACGGCGGUAGAUCGGAAAGGAAAGUAGUGAGAAAGUGUAACAAAUGAGCAAAGCAGUACACAAAUACCCUUUACAGUAACCCAGACACUUUCCUAUCCUCCGAAUGAGAAGUUGGUGGUCCUUUACAAGUUUGCCGACGAUUCCGUUCUCCUUGGUGGCCGCAAUCGGGUCUAUAAUGUUUCGAUCCGUUCGAUGACUGAAACGAAUAGGUACGAGUGGACGGCAAGCGAGGACGCCCGGAGCAAUUGUGCCGCCAUCAGUCAGGUAUUCAAACGGAUCCUUCCGUUCUUCUGAUCAACAAGAUCGUUUCCAGAAUCCGUCAUCCUGCGAGAACUACAUUCGAACGUACUUUGAGCUGACCAACAACACGUUCAUUCUCUGCGGAACUCACGGCCUUCAGCCAACUUGCGCCGAAUUCAAACGGGGAAAUCGAGGUGAGUGCCGUCUGAAUAAGGCCUGAAUAUAAAGGGAAAGACACGAUUUCAGAACCUGUGCGUCUGAUUCCUGCCGUCGGAAUGUCCCCCAUAGACGCAGAUUCGAGUGCCCCGUUCAUUCGGUCCAACGAGAAUAUCAUAACUGUGAACGUGGCGGAACUCUCUUCCUCCGAACCUCUGCUCAUUCGUCGGAAUGUCAUCAAAAUGUGGAAGGGCAUCGAGAAUGACGUAAUUCUGCGGACUUCACGUGGAUUGAGCUCAUUUGAGCAGGCGACCUUUCUCUCGAUGCACCGGGUCGAAAAGGUUGAGCCGAUCUCUCUUUCGGAAUAAUGAAAUGAGGGAAACUGUUUGCAGGAGGUGUUGUUCUUCUUCUCAGAGUCUCCGAUGGAAGCCGAGGGAUGCGGACUGCAUAAAGUGGCGCGAGUCGGACGGGUUUGCGAGGACGAUCCCGGCGGCAGGUAUCAUCGCAUUCGCGUCACUUUCGCCCGUCGCUAAUCAGAGGCGACUGGCGCAUGCGACCCACUGAUUACGGCCUUCUCAUUGCAGACUUUCGUACGCCAAAGAGUGGAGUUCGUACGCGAAGGCGAGAAUUGAGUGCUCGAUCGAGGAGCACGACACGGACACCUUCUACUUUAAUCAGUUUGCUGGAGUCGCCGAGUCUCCGAGCUCUUUCUACGGAGCAUUUCGGUCCCAACUGGCCGGAAUCGGAGCAUCGGCCAUCUGUAAGUACAGCAAGAAGAAGAUCUCGAAGGGGUUCGCCAGCGGGUUCAAAGAUUCAUCCGCUUCUUCGUCGAUGGCUCCAGACACGUGUCAAAGGGCAACUGACCUGGAGGAAUUGAGCAAGUUACGAUUGAAACCUUUGAUUAAACAAAGUGAGAAAGAUGCGCUGCGAUUAAUAUUAUUCGUGUGAGUUUUGCAGAAAUCUCUGCGAAUCCAAUCUACAUCUUCCACGGAAAGGAUCGAUUUGUAAGUGUUCUUGCUCAAGAGGACGUCCGCGAUCUCAACAAUCAUGCCUAUGACAUUCUGUACAUUGCCACGAAUCUCGGAAACAUUCUGAAGGUCGUUGUUCCGAGUGCCGAGACGAAUCCCUUGAACGGAACAGGAAGGCACGCGGUCACCCUGAAAGUGCUACCGAACAGCUCAAAGAUUGUCGAAAUGAGCCUGCAUACGGAGCAAAGGAGAGGGGUGCAAUCCCUGGUCGUGGUCACUGAUCAGAACGUGAGCGGCGACCGUCCGAUCUCUUUUCUGAGUGUUCCCUUUCCAGGUGUUCCGAAUGCCCACUUCGACGUGUCACAUGGCUUCCAACUGUGCCGAGUGUCUGGCUCACGGGGAUCCGCAUUGUGCCUGGGCGGAUUCCUCCGAAUGCAUAGACAUUCGAACGGACGGACGGAAGACGGCCAGUCAGGACAGCGGCACUUGCAACGUCAUCAGCUUCGAGAACAACAAACCGGUCAUUCUGGCUCCGCUCAAGAACAGUAAGCUUGCGCUUCACAAGUCUUCCACAAUAGUUAUUCUCAGAAGAAGCACCAAGUGUUCCAGUCUGUCUUUGCGAAACUGAAAAGAAGAAGCCGUGUGCGACAGAAGUAAUUCAGAAGGAGAUCAUACUUUCGACGCCUUCAGGUACCUUCUGUCGUGUCUCGGAGGCUAACAGAAACAGUUUCAGAGCUCUGGAAGUUCAUCGCCGUGUUCGCCCUCGGCUUGCUCACAGGAUGCAUCUUCAACUACUGCUACUUUCACUUCAGCAGGUAUCUAAUUUGCCCUCCUCUUUCCGAAUGUCCACUAACUCCAUUCUAACCCAGCAAACCUCCACUAACCGAUGACGAUUUGUCCUCCGAGCAAUUUCUCUUGUGAGGCCUCCGUCACGAUUCCAUUUCAUAGUUCUCUUGCAGGCGCCUCGGCAGCAAGACCGUCCCGUCGUCCCGGUCCUCCUCUUCAAUGACCCGUCCGAUCACCACAACCUCUUCCACGCGUCUCCCCAUCGACGCGUUCACAACUUCUUCGAUUGCCGACGAAAUGUUCUCCUCGACGCUUUCCUCGGCCAACCGAUUCAACACCGUUUCGAUGCAUUCCUCAAUUCGCACUUAUUGUUGA